CAGACAGAGAGAGAGGGGGGAGGCAGAGAUAGGGAAGGGGAGGAGAGAGAAACAGACAGACAGAGUGGUGGAGAGGAAAGGAUGAAGCAGUUGCAUGUGAAGUGGUUUAGCAGUGCUCCAGUCAGCGUUCUUACCUCAUUCUCCUGAGGGUUGUUUGUACACAGCUCUCUCCAGCUGGGGCCUGGCCGGUGACUGAUCCACAUUCAGAUCCCAUUGAGACAGACAGACGACAGGGCAGUGUCAGUGUGUGUGCGCUGGGCCGAGAGUCAGCAUGAUGCAUCGGUGGGGUCUACUCAUCACUGUGUUCUACUGCCAGCUGUUCCUGGCUGCUGCUCAACACUGGAGGAAAGCCCUUUACCCAUCAGCCUUUAGAGUGAAGCGUGGCACACACUCAUUGGUCAACCCCACCUUCCAGAACUCUGUGGAAGAUGUUAACCUGCUGUUUGAGAUCCUGCUGGCAGGCCUGCAGAUCGAGGGUGAGGACAAGCCCUUCGUGAUCCCAGACAAGGAGCUGGCGUCUCUGAGGAGGGUCCAAAAGCUGGAGGUUAUCUGUGAGGACGUCCUGCCCAAGAGACUAUCCGAGAUCAGACGUCUGACCUCCCACCUGUCCCAGCGCAGAGGUGCCCUAAGCAGGGAGGAAUUUGAGCGCACAGUGCUCACUAUGGUGUACACUGCCCAGACUCUGGCUCAUACCACCUCCCAACACCAGAAGGCGCUGUGGGGAGACGCCCUACUGCAGCUGUUCAGGGCCAUUCAAGAAGAUCUGACGCCCCUACCCAGAACACCUCAGCACAACUAGUGUUAUGGACACGUGGACACAUUUUUUUAGAUACUGUAAUAUACUGAACAUUUUAUACUGUAACACAAGUCACUUUUUGGCAGAAAAUUUAAAGGAUGUUUUCUAUUGAGUUGUAUUGUAUAAUCAAAAUGACUGUUCUAAUAAUGUAAUGUGUUUGGUUAUGAUCAAAUGAUGAUAUGAUCUAAUCAUAUUGAAAGGAGGAUGUGGGAAAAGGAGGGAUGUGAACAAUAUCCUGUUCAUGUUCUAUCUAUCGGAUUCCGCCUUGUUCCAAGACUUCAGAUGUAAACAAACAAAUAUUUUAUCAGUCACUCUGUCAUGAUUCAUUACAGGUCUUUAUCAAAUCUUCUGUCAUAAUCUUCUCAGCUGUUUAUCACAAUUACAUAAUCUUUUCCCAGCACAGUCCUGUUGCGAAAAGGUGCUUCAUGAAAAAAAGAGUCCCAUGAGGUGCAGAAAUAUUGUAUUGAACUGUAACAUUGAAGACAGGGGUAUCAAUUUGCUCAGCUUAUUUCUCUGCAAUUGAUAUUAUAAUAAAAUAAUGAUCAAUAUAUAUAUAUAUAUAUAUAUAGGUUAUGGCCAUGUUAUGAACCAAGCUAAACACUGAAGAAGAUGGUUCAGCUGAAAAGUAUGUGUAUGCUAUCCUGAUGCAGUAAAAACAUGAUUUAUAUAUAAUGAAGUAAGCUUUAUGCAGCAUCUUUUAGACUGCAGACCCAUUACAAUUUUUUGAGGGCUUAUCUGGAUUCACAGGUUUUACGCACCAACAAUACUUUUUGGAGAGCACUAUGGUCCUCUUUUGAUAUGGCCUUGUUAUGAUUAUGUGCAAAUGAUUGAUAUGACUUGAGGAUGUUCAUUCACAUUUGCAAAAACGUGGGUAGGGUUUUGCCUCAGUCCCAAACUGUUUUCAUUUUGGAAUUAGAGGAUUUUAGCUGCUCUAGCCUGCAGGGAGGAUGUCAGACUAGAUGUGAGACAUGGGGCCUCAGGCUUUCUACACAUCCCCCAGGUCUACACAUUCCCCAGCUCUUCAAUGGCUACAAAGAAAGACGAGUGCCUAAUGUGUGUCCUGUUGGCGACAUAGUCCACCGCUGCUAGAACAGACUUUCCAUUGACAUACUGUUGCCUACAAUGUUUCUCCCUCAUCUACAGAUGACAGGUUCAGGGUGGCGGCCAUUUUGCAUGGAAAACUCCUCUCCUUCUCUGUGUCCAGUUGCUAUUGUUUCCGGAUGGUGAUAGAACUGGUCUAGCUCUCCUGGUGGUCACACAUCAAGGCACGGGUGAGUCCAUGCCCCAUGCUCCCGGUAGAGCCCACUAGAGCCCUCAUUGAUGAGGAACUGCAGAUUGUGGUGAAGAACGUUUUUCCCCAAAAAAGAAGAUCACCCUUCGUUCACCCUUCGUUCCUGGGAGGCGUUCGGCCAUUAUGCCAGUGAUAAAACGGGGAUGGUCAAAGAGUCCAAUGGGCUUACUGUGGAUCAUGAGGCCUGUGUAUGGCAGUGAAACAUGACCCAGGUUGAGGAAGAAGGAUAUCCGUACUCCACUGCUGGUUCAGAUCUCUGUGUACAGUGGCCACAUCAGCCAGGACUACAGUGAGCAGGCUGCUGUAGCCUGUACAGUCGUAGAGCGCUGGUGUUUGGCCCCCGUAGUCCAAAAGAUAGACAUCUACAAGAACGGAAUCCAGGGAACCCUUUUUAUACCAGCAGGUCCUGGACCUUUCCCUGCUGAGCUGGAGCUAUCUGGGGGAGGAGGGGGUCUGUUUGAGCAUCGCUCCUACCUGUUAGCAUCCCAAAGCUACGUCUCCUUAGUGCUGCAGUACCCCACGGACGUCUCUACAAUGGUUGCCAUAGGAUGCAAGUACUUUGAGGAAUUUGCACAGUUCAUUGUGGAAACAGAUGCAAGAGGCCUGAAGUGUGUGUGCUCUGGAGUUUGUUGUGAACCUGCCGCCCCUACUUCAGACAGCCUUCACUAUGCUGAGACCAUCCUCAGGUGGCCAGUGAUAGAGGCUAUGUUUGGCUUCUCACUGGGAUUCCUUAUCCCUGACCGUUUACACUGAUGUCAUUAACAUGAUUAUUCCACACCUUCCUCUUUGAAAUUGACUUGUUUGAUUGAUAACCAGUUAAUUAGUGAACGCAAAUACUGUAAACAAUUAUUUUACAGGUGCUCUGUAGGCACACCUCUCUCCUAUUUCCCAACAUAUUUGUUGAUAAUCCCCCUCUCUUCCAGCCCAGAUGUAUGGUGAGUAUACGUGGCAGCCAUGUUUUCCCUUUCAGAUUGUCGCUUGUGUCAAUAGCUGACAGGUACAACACGUGAGUGUGUUUUAACCUAUUCUAAAGCAAUGGGAAAUGACCUCAUUUGGAAUGCACUGAAAUUAUAGUUGUAUUUUGCUCAAAUUUCUAGAAAUAUGCACUUUGAUGAGAACAAUCAUUUGAUCUGGAGAGACACAAUCCAGCCCAUCACUGAGAGUGGCCCUAAAGUAGAGGUGAUGGUAUCUUUCAGACUGCAUUGUAUGCACACUAUACUGUAUGUAUUUGUACAGUGAGGAACUGACAUGUGUGUGAACCUAUUUUUUGGCACCAUAGGUCAGGAGGUUAAAGUGUCCAUUACUGAUGGUCAUUGGAGAAGCUUACCAGAACUGUGCCACUACAGAAUCUGUCCAGGAUAUGCGCAGUACAGUAUGUUGGAGAGGGCAGGGAACCUGUGUCUUACCCUGGGGCUGGUCACCUAAUCAAACCUUUCUACACUCCUCACUUCCGCUCCAGCACCUCCAGGGGCAAAGUGAUCAUGUUGUGGGGAGGGGAGUCCAAAUGGAGGAGGAUCCUGGAGUUCCUUCAGAAGAACCUGUACCAAAGACAGGACCCCUCUGUCCCCUCAGAGCUGUCAGAUCCUCCUGGACUAUCUCCAUUAUUAUAGUCAUCGCUUCUCCAGCUUCAUUAUCUGUCAGGGCCCUAUUCUUGAAAUUAAGUAGAGACAAUAUUGGUUGGAUUUUUUUUUACUCACCAGGUGGCAGCAUUGCACAGUCUCUUAAAUGACUGGUCUGCUGCUUGUAGUUGUCAUAGUAGUCAAUGUCCUGACAAUUACAAGGAGGAAGAAGAGGAGAUGGUCGACAUCGGCCUUUCAUCAAAGUCCUUAUAGGGAAGCCUUUCUGUUUAAAGACCAUGGAUCAGACCUUGGCUGCUCGGUCACGGUUGAGUUGCGGUCUUCUAGCCAACCUGGUUUGGAUUCCAAACUCCUGUGAGGUGACAUGAAGUGUUAUUGAUCUCAGAGUUGAAGAGAAUGAACACCGCUGCCUUUAACUCUCAUCAACUGCAUACUUUUUUCUUUUUUACAUGUCACCCAUAUAUUCUCACUCCAGAUUCCAUUCUGGCAAAGGGGACCGAUGGCCUAAACAUCUCCAUGUGUUGCACAUAUAUUAAACCAAUAGCCUGGUCUGGA